GAUCCGUAGCACGGUCCGAACUGGAGUGGGGGAAAGCUCGAAAGCCCCACUCGCUCGUCCGCCGUCGUGCCGUGCGGUUCGUGUCGUGGCUCCGUUACGUGUUCUGCUGGUCGCGCGCGCGGUGUGCUUGCCAUCCUCACCGGGUGUUCGUUCUACUCAUUUUUGACAGCGGUCAUUAUCGUCAGCUGCACGGCAAUCACGAGUGACCAGUUACGCGAUUCCUAAGCCUCGUUCGUUUGUGUCUGUGAGUUAGGAGCGACGUCGAUUCGCGACUCGGUGAACCGACGAUUCUACUCUCGGUAGAGUGAACAGGUACGACGAGAUUCGAUGCAGUGAAACGAGACUGUUGACUGUUACGCGUUAGUCGUCGGGAUUACCUCGGUUGACACCGAGCAAGGGAUCUUCGACGUUACCUUGACGUGCAAAGGCUUCAACCUUGAGUGAGACGCGUCAAGGUAUCCUGGCCGUGUUGGAGCGUUGGCAGAGUGUCGUUAGGCUUGGGAUUCGCGAUACGGAGCGGAACUUAAAAUCAAUAGUCCGCCGUGGAAGACGCGGGUUUUCGAACGAGACCGAAGACUUGGUGCUCUCGUGCCACGCAGUCAUACGGUGGGAGCGAUAAACUCGAGGGAAUUCGAAGGAACCAGUGUGGGUUCACACCUGUCCGCGACACCCUUCGUAACAGUGACGACUAGUUAAAGGACGAUCGUGUGGUGAUCCGUCGGGGCGAUCGUGAUACGCGAUCGUGUCCCGAUCUAAUCGUGUCGUUAGACGUGUGCCGUUCGUCGACCAAAGUAGAUUGUGCCACAAAGUGUUUGUUUGUUAUUGUCAGCCCGCAACGUACGGGCAACGCUAAGGGGAUAUUAAAGUCGACCAGGAACACAGCCUACGCAUGCCGUGGAUCGAGGUGCUGAAUUCACCUUUAUUUUCUCCCAUGUGCAAGCAUGAAAGAGUAUUUCGGCAGCUGCAUGUGACUUAGAUGCUUGGAAAUAAGGAUUCGACCCAACAUCAACGAUAUCAGGAAAGAGGGGAAGAAGAGAGCCGGUUCUAGAAGAACCGAGCGCAAAUAAGCUUCCAGUUAGCUAGGCUACGAGCUUUUGUUUUUUCGCCGUGGGAAGCUGUUGGUGGGCUCGUCGGGCCCACCCUCUCAUCGGUCAAGCUGGCGAGCGCUCUAACCGCUGGUAUGAACCCCCACCAUCCGGGCCAUUCUGCAGCCUACCCGCAUCAUCCCUCGCUAUCGAGCAGUCCCCAUCAUUCUGGGCCUCAUCACGGCUACAGUACCGGCGGUGGAGGUGGCGGGGGUGGUGGUGGUGGUACCACCACAACCCCAGACUUGCCAAGUCCACAUUCGCCACCUCAUGGACCUGCCAUCGACCCAGCAACCCCUUACGCGUCCAUGCAACCUGGCCAGGGUAUGGGCAGCAAUGGACAUCAUCACGGCGGUGCUGGAAUGAUGAGCGAUCAUCCGCAUCACCCAGGGCACCCACACCCACACUUACCGGGCCAUACGGCUUAUCCACCGGUCAAUCACAACAACAAUUGUACACUUAAGCAAGAAGGUGGCCCGAGCGGACCGACGGGGAUCCAACAGUGUGCCGGCUGCGGAGGCCAAAUAGUCGAGAGAUGGCUGUUGUUCGCGAUGGAUCGGUAUUGGCACAACGGAUGCCUAAAGUGCUCCUAUUGCAGCGCAGCGUUGGCGGAAAUCGGUCAUUCCUGCUACACGAGGAGCGGAAUGAUCCUUUGCAAAACCGACUACAGAAGGAUGUUCGGAAGCAGUGGUGCUUGCGCAGGUUGUGGCAACGCGAUACCUGCCAGCGAACUGGUAAUGAGGGCGGGUGGAUCAGUGUUUCACCAGAAAUGCUUCACGUGCAGCAAAUGUGGUAGUCAGCUGGUUUCCGGCGAUAGGUAUUAUCUGUUGUCGGGGGCACCGGUAUGCGAGACGGAUUGGCACAAAAUCAUAAAGUCGUCGAGCGUGGCGGCCGCAGCUGCCGCGGCGGCGGCCGGAAACGGUGGUGCACCGGUGAGAAAAGGUAAGCCGACGCCCGCCGUCGUACCGUCACAGGUCGACGUGGUGGACGUGGCCGUAGGAGGGGAUCCCUAUUCGCCGCCUCCGCCGGGUCAUCAGCAGUACCACCAUCAUCACCACCACCAUCACCAUCAUCAUCAGAUGAGCCUCGUGCAUCCGGGACUGGCGGUACAGCAAACUCACCUGCAGGCGUCCACCUAUCAGGAUUGGUCUCCUUGGGCACAGGACACCUGCGAUUGAACUUUCAUUCGAGUUCAAUCACCAACGAAAUCCUUCGCUUAACCGUCAGACGGUCUUUCGUUUCUCCCUAGACUAUGGAGUUCGCCGAAAACUGUCGCGACGUACUGUUCGUUUGGAAAUGGUCGGAUAAGAGCAGCAUCCUCCUGCUCGAGAGUAAUGUAGCUAAGGAGUGCAAACGGAGGAUUCAUCCAGGUGGGACGAGGAUCAGGAAAAUGGUGAACGAGUUUCGUUACCUGUGACAGAAAAUCACGUGUAUCGUCGUUAGACAAAAACUCAAUUGGGAUGUGUGUUUUCCACGACGGAUUGUAUACGCGUGAGAAUGUGCUGCGUGCGUCUGUCGUCGAUCGUUGACUUCUCCAACCUCCUCGAGCGUGAUCGAGAACGAACUGGCGUAGUAGUUGUCUCGUGUUUGAUCGCUCGUUCAAUCGGGCGCACGCGACUCCACGGUCUCCUUAAUCAAUAAUCUUUGCUCAAUCACGGAGAAUCGAAGAUAAAAUCGAGUCGUGUCCGGGCUGCGUCGCAUCGUCGCCGCCAGCGGUGGAACGGCAGUUUUCUUCGGCUUCGUCCGAUCCUUUGAUGCUCAUCCCCUGCUCGAUCGAUCUGGUAAUCCUGUUUAAUCGCAUGCUAAACACCUGAUACUCUUUUUAUCGCUCGCGUUCUCCGACGCACAACGUUUCCUCCUCUAACAUGUACAUCUACACAGCUAAUCAACUUUUUCAAUCAACUGGAUCUGUAACAGACAUUAUCGCGAAUCAAGAAAGCGGAACGAUGGCAAAUUCGAUUCGUCAUUGACUUACUUGUAUUAUCUUAAGAGAAUUUUUUUGUUAAUUCUCCGUUAUACAGCUUGGAAAUGAAUUUUCUAUCGAACGUCCAGCGAACCGAUCGAAUCUCGAGGACGUGAUUUACAUUCGGUAGAAAAGGAAACGUUAAACGACAGAAUCGCAAGAAUUCACGAAAUGGGGAGUCUAAACCUGACGCGGAUACCUCGAGCACACACCAGGUCCAAAACGUGUCACGUAUGCGACGAGAAAAUUUCGUCUACCCGGUCGGAUAAUUCGGCGAUUGAAACGAUGGCCCGCGUCAGCUUCACUCAGCCCUUAGAAAAUUAUUUUUCUUUCAAAAUCACCGACCCCCUUCUCUCGUCUCCGGGGGUUCCGUAAACUCAUUAACCGUUUCUUGUUCUCGCGAUCGUUAAUCGAGGUCUCUUUCUUUCGCCAUCGAAUAAAAAAAAAGGUCACACCGCUGUGAAAUCGUCGAACCAGCGAAAUUAUCAUUCGAAUCUUUCUUGUUAACGUUUCGCGUCCGAACAGCCCUUUAUCUUCCAUGGAAAUUUCAUGAUCCACACUAGACACGUUAGAAAUUGAACGAUCAGCCGCGUUCACUAUGUUAAUUAUCGACAAAUUCGACGCGAGAGCAAGCGUGAUUGGCGUACGACGAGAAAGAAGAAUCCAGGCGUGCAGGACUUCCGGGAAAUCAAUGAACGAUGGGUCCAUCAGUAUUUUAUCCGUGUCGCGAUCGUACGGUUGACGAUUAAAAUUUCUCGUUUAAAGUGCUUCGCGAUACGAGAGCUGUACAACGGAGAACGAUCGUUAUUUUUCCAACGGGAUAAAGACCCGAUGCAUAAUCGCGAAGGCCCGUUCUCGAUGAAACCAAGGGAAACUGUCGUGCGACGAGAACGCGAGCACGCCCGAUGUACGUCCAGGGAUACGCUGGUGAAAACUUUACGCAGCCGUGGAUGAAGCGUGUAACAAUAGAUUUUUUCUAAGUGGCAGGGUUUCGACAUCCGCAAUAAACAUUUACGUGAAUGUAAUAAUUGUGAACACGUUUACGAUGUGUAUCUACUGUCGACAAUUGGCCUCGAGUCCGGUGUCGUUCGAAAUUCAAACAUCCCCCUCGUCUUUCUCGUUUCCAGCUUGUACAAAAACGCUUCCAUUUCCGUUUCCGUUGAACACACUGGUUGUUUGGCCAGAGAACAAGACGACGAUAACGAACAGGGAAAACGACACGGGCUCAGGCACGUUCGAAGCUCAAUGCGAAACUAAAGACACAUGUUUUGGGUGUAAAUCAUGCGGGGGUGGUUCUUUUGGUUCGUUUCAUGGCAUCGAGUAUUCCGUUGAAUUUCUUUUGAAAAUAUAAUUUCAUCUUUUGUCUUAUGAUCAUCUUACACCAAUCGAUGUACACCUGACAAUCAAACGAGAAAAAGGCAAGAAAUAAUUAUCAAUCUCACUGCUUUAUCUAAAUUACUUCAUCAACGAUCUACUAAUAAUUAUCGAUCCCAUAAAGCGAACCAUCGUCUCCGUGCCGUGCAACUGAUUGUUACUCGUUUAUCCGUCUCGUUCUUUAACGAAAGUUUUAUCUGUCAGAACGCCGCCGCGCGCUUACGAGGUAUUCCAAGCGGAAACAAGAGAGAGAAUGUGAGAUAGAGAGAAAGAGAGAAUGCUGGCGAUUUUCGACGCAAAGUUGAUCGCGAAUCGGAGACACGAUGCCUGACGAAAAGGGAGAUCGUCCAAAUGAUUUCAAAUUCCCACGUCGAUUUCUCUUUAAUCUGGCUCGUUCGCCGCUCAUCGAAAGACCCUUCGAUCCUGACGCGUGUUCGCGCGAGCAAUCGUGACGCAAGCGGACCGAGAUCAAGCUAGAUCGGACGAAGAGGGUCGCCGCGCCGCGCUGCGUGUUGGAUCGUGUAAUUUAAUCUUGUACAUAGGGUACAUUUUGUAUAUUGUUAAAAGUUUGUGUGAUAUAAAUGGUUAUGUAUUUACUAUUAAAGCGGCGAUAUUAAUUGGGGACUUCGCACGUCCCUAGGCGAUCAUGGGUGCGAUGGUUUUGUGAACCACAACCACUGGAUGCGCUUCAAUAUUCUGUUCGAUAAUGCUUGAAAAGGAUUAUUUAAAAAUCUAUGAAUUUAACCCUUUCGCUGUGACGUCUGUUCUGUAAUUAAUCGUAAAUAAUUAAGUUAGUCUUCAAAGUGUUAAUUUUCAUUUUUCAACCACACAGCGAAAAGGUUAUUAGGUAGCAUUAUUAAAUUCGAUCCUGUUCCUUUUUUCCUCCAAAUUCUCUUCAAGCCUUUCGAUAUGAAGGACUUAAAUAUAGUGGCCAUUUACGAACCCGUCCUUACGUACCAAAAGCCAUUAUAGUGACCGUGUUAAAUUUUCAAUGCUUGCAAUUUUUUCUUCUAUUCGUAAAAUUUAUUCGUGGCAAAGUACAAACACGUAACUCAUUUUCUGUAUAGCGAUAGUAGUUUUUGAUUAGCUCAACCGUAACGAAAGGGUUAAGAAGAUUGUAGUUAAACAGAGGACUCCGAGUAUCGAACAAACAAAGGUGCCGUCUCAUUUUCGAUAAAUGAUUCGAGAAAAGGAAUGUUCAUUCGCAUCCAGUGGUGGUGGACAGUUUCCAGAGGAUCGUCCUCAGUUGAACGUACACGCGGUUGGAUCAGCACGAUCUUCUUCGCGCGUUUAGUUAAUUUUGUUAUUUGAUUUAUCUCGACUUCUUAAACCGGAAGCCGGACAUCUCUGAAUGGUUUCGCGGCCUCUUGUAAAAUACAAAAUACACGGACACACAUACAAAACACGUUUAUUAAUUAAAUAAAAAUCACAAGUUUUUAGAA